CCAGAGAGCAUCCGGCAUAAAUAAACAUAACAAGAAAUCGAUGGCGAUGGCGAUGGCGGCGGCGAUGAGGGUCGGUGGCGGCGCUCUGCUCCGGCGGGCGCCCGUGGUGGAGGCAAGGCAGCGCCUCGUCCACACGACCCCGGAGGAGAUGAGAGAGGUGGCGACCCGCGCGGCGCAAAUCGGCAAGACAAAGGAGCAGCUGUUCGACAUGGUCAUUGACCUCAAUAGCAACUACAACGUUCCCCACAGCAUGAAACGGGAGCACUUGCUGCUGUCACAGCGCCUCUCUUCACAAAUCCAGCCUAGACCAUACGACCCAGCCUGGCGUUUCUGCCGACGCACCGAAAGACGCAAUACUUUCUACAAGUUUGUGGGGGUGACUACUUGUGGCCUUGUCGGCUCAGCCGGCCUCUUCUUGCUCCUACACGGACCUCAUCAUCGACCAAAGAAGUGGGUUGUCGACUGGUGGGACAAGCUAACCAGUUAGAAUCCAUCCAUGCCCUGCUUCAACAACAUAUAUAUAUACUAGAAUGCCAACAAGACUAGCUUCCUUGUCAUGAGGUUUAUGUUAAUUAGCUUUGCUUGGCUACCAACUAAGUGCUAUUAUAUGUUUGGACGGUCUAUCUAUCUUUUUGUCCAACGAUUUCUACUUGUUCGACUCUUGUCUGCACUCGUAUUUAUACCAGGGCU